GGGCGGGGCUUAGAUGGGCUGACAGAAACAACUGCCCGACCUUUGAGACGGAGCAGAACCUGAACGGAACCCAGCAUGGCCACAGACUUCACUCAGGACGCGGUUCUGGUUUUCCUGCAGCGCUGCGGCGGCUCGGCGAAAAACACCGAACUGCUGGCCCACUUCUUGCCCUACCUGCGGGACAAUCCGGACAACGUCGGGAACCGAGAUCUCUUCAAGAGUUUCGUCAACUCCGUGGCAACCGUGUCGAAGAUCGACGGGGUGUCUACCGUGAUCCUCAGGAAGAAGUACAGAGGAUAUGUUUCUGGUGAAGGUUCGGGCAGAAACUCCGCGGAACCAGGUCCGGACGGAGCCAGCUUAUCGCCGGCGGUAAGCCUCGCCCCUCCGGGAGACACCGAGAGGAAUCCCGCCCUACCUGCUGCUGGGAUCGUGGUGGAGAGCGGUGCCAGGCUGAAAUACAGAGAAAACCCGAGUCCAGAACCCGUCCAGGUACGAAACCGGGUCCCAGAACUUUCAGAGAUUCCUUAUCAGAGCAAAACAGAGGAACAGAUCAGACUGAUUUCUGCUCCUGGAGCUCCAGCUGUGAGGCAUCAGGAUUACAUCCCUGAGCCAAUCAGAUGGCAGGAAAUGCCUCAAGAAAGUUUUAUUCCAGCCCCCACCAGAAGACAGGAAGCCCCCCAUCAGGACCGCUUUCCAGAACCGAUCAGAGGACAGGACUAUGAACCUAUUGGAGGACAUAUUGUCAGCCACCAGGACUACACACCGAGACCUACUGGAAGGUAUGAAGUCCCUCAACAGGAUUUCCCCCAUUUGCCCUCUAGAAGAGUGGACAAACCACAUCAGGGAACCGUUCCUGAACCUGUCAGAGGACACAUCGUCGGCCGUCAGGACCAUGCCCCAGACCCCGGUGAAAGGUGGGAUCCCCCAAAUCAGGGAACCGUCUCAGAACCCAAUAAAGGACGUAUCGUCAGCCGUCAGGACCAUGCCCCAGAGCCCAUCAAAGGACAGAAGACCUCUCAUCAGAAGCGCAUUUCUGAACCCUUCAGAGGACAUGUUGGUAACCGUCAGGACCACUUUCCAGGACCUGUUAGGGGACAGCAGGUCCUUCAUCAAAGUCCAUUCCCAGCCCCCAACAGAAGAUGGGAUGCCCUGCAUCAGGAUCCAAGAGGAUUUGUGAUUAGCCGUGUCCCAGAACCCAACAGAGGACAGAAUGCUUUUUAUCAGGACCCCAGCAGAGAUCCUCUGAGAAGUUCUCAACCUCCCACAUCUCAACCACCAAGAGGACAGCAGAGCUUUUAUCAGAUCCCUCAAAAUCCAGAACACCUCAGGGGCUGGGAGAUUCCUUAUCAGGAUCCUAUUCCUGAAUACCUCAGUGGACAGCAGGUCCCCCAGAAUCUAGAACCUCUCAGGGGACAACGGAUUCCUUAUCAGAUCCCUCAAAAUCCAGAACCUCUCAGGGGACAACGGAUUCCUUAUCAGGUCCCUCAAAAUCCAGAACCUCUCAGAGGACAAUGGAUUCCUCAUCAGGUCCCACAGACACCAGAACACUUCAGGGGACAGGAGAUUUAUUAUGAAGACCCUGUCCCAGAAGCCUUUAGAGGUCAGAACGUCUAUUAUCAAAAACCCAUUCCAGAAUACCUCAGUGGGCAUCAGAUUCCCCAAAAUAUAGAACUUCGUAGGGGACAGCAGGUCCCCCAGAAUCCAGAACCCCUGAGGGUACAACGGGUUCCUCAACAGAUACCAGAACACUUUAGGGGACAGGAGAUUCCUUAUGAGGAUCCUGUCCCAGAACCCUUCAGAGGUCAGAACGUCUAUUAUCAAGAACCCAUUCCAGAAUACCUCAGUGGACAUCAGGCCCUCCAGAAUCUAGAACCUCUUAGGGGACAGCAGGUGUCUUAUGACCCUGUUCCAGAACAUAUCAGAGGACAGAAAAUCUAUUUUCCAGACUCCAAUCCAGAUUUACAUAGAGAACAGAAGAUUCCUUAUCAAGAUCCAAUACCUGAAUACCUCGGUGAUCAGCAAAUCCCCCAGAAUCCAGAACAGCUUUUGACAGCAGGUCCCCCAGAACCUGAGAGGAAUAUAGAACCUCUCAGAAGACAGCAGGUCCACCAGAAUCUAGAACCUCCUAAUGGAAAGGAAGUACCCCAGAAUCCAGACCUACGUAGGGUACAUCAGAAGAAUCCAGAACCUCUCCAGAGACAGCCGGUCCCCCAGAGUCCAGAACCUCUAAAAGGACAGUGGAACCCAAAGAGUCCAGAACUACAUAGGGUACACGAGAGGAACGCAGAACCUCUCCAGGGACAGCCGGUCCCCCAAAAUCUAGAACCUCUCCAUGGACAGCCGGUCCCCCAAAAUCUAGAACCUCUCCAGAGACAGCCAGUCCCCCAGAGUCGAGAACCUCUUAAGAGUCCAGAACUACAUAGGGUACACGAGAAUAACUCAGAACCUCUCCAGGGACAGCAGGUCCCCCAAAAUCUAGAACUUCUUAAAGGACAACCGGUCCCCAAAAAUCUGGAACCUCUUAAGGGACAGCCAGUCCCCCAGAGUCCAGAACUACAUAGGGUACAUCAGAAAAUACCAGAACCUCUUAAAGGACAGCAGGUCCCCAAAAAUCUGGAACCUCUCCACAGAAACCAGAUCCCUCAGGGUGUAAAACCUGCUAAAGGACAGCAGGUUAACCAAAGUCUGGAACCUCACAAGGGACAGCAUAUCUCCCAGAGUCCAGAACUACGUAAGGUACAUCAGAAAAAUCUAGAACCUCCUAAGGAACAGCAGAUCCCCCAGAAUCUAGAACCUCUUAAGGGUCAGCAGGUCCCCAAGAGUCCAGAUCUACGUAGGCAACAGAAAAUCUCCUUCCUGGAUCUGGUUCCUGAAUCAGAUCCUGGACAACAGAGUCCUCCUCAGGACCCAGAACCCGUUGGAGGACCUGAACCCGUUCCUCAGCUCCAUCAGGCUCCGGCCCGCCGCUUCAGACACAGGCAGAGCUACAGAUCAGCCGUUUCUGAGGAUGACGACAAAGAGGAGGAGGAUGUCCAGAUCAGACGUGGCUCAGCAGGAGGUCAGUGGCCCCUGAACGCCCCCCUCAGUGACGUGGCGAGGGCCAUGUCUGCCUCCUCACCGUGCGUCAUAGAGGCCCCGGCUCCUCCCUCCUCUUCCUCAGGGAAUAAGGUUCCUCAGAUCUACAUCCAGAAGUCGGACAUUGAAGUUCUGGCAUCUCGAUCCCACUCAGAGUCCGGGUCCAGACCAGAACCUGGACCUGUCCCUGUGGAGUCCAUGAGACGCAGUCUGCCUCUAGAAGCAGAGUUCAACGCUGAACGCCUCCAUGACAAACGUGCUGCUCGAAGCUCUGAACCAGUCGGACCCCAUCAGAACCAGAGGCUGUCGUCCAGUCAGAGCGACAUCUUCGACCCGCCGUCGGAUGUGAGGUCCUCCGUCAGCGACUGGCCUCCGCCUGGGUCCUCCAGAACCCGUCUGGGUUCUGGAGCAGAUGAACCUGCGGGUUUGUCAACGUCGCUGGAAGUUCUGCAGGAGUCCAACGGAACCAAGCUGGAACCUCUGGCCCGUCGCUCCGUCCUGAAAAUGUCGUUCCAUCAGUCGAUGGGGAAUCUCUGCGACGACGUGUCGCCUCCCAGUGGGAAGUUGCCGCUGUACCUGUCCAGCGAUCAUCUGAAUGACAACCUGCAGUACGCGUCCAGAGGAUCGUCCCUGAAUCAGUCCACAGAUGAACUCUAUGAUGAUAUGAAGUCGAGCAAAAGCUCCAUCGACUCGCCUCAGGUGAAGCUCCGCUCGGCGGCGGCUCGGCGGAUGAGCAGCCGACUGGGGAACCGGAUUUCCCGCAGCUUGGGAAACGACCUGGACCAGGAGGAAGCCGGUGGAGGACUGAAGGACCCCAGACUGGAGCGGCAGCACCGAAUCUCGUCCUCGUUGAGUCUUCCCCACCACCUGUCGUCCUCGUCGCUGUCGUCCUGCACUACGCCGCCGCGAUGCCCCAGCCCCAUUGCCUCAGAGGGCAGGAGGAAGGAAUCCAAGAAGAGUCUUCACUCUCACAACGCCGGAAAGUCUGGGAUCCCUCUGGAGGCCCUGGAGCACGACUGGAUGGUGAAGGCAGCGGCGGGUGCCUGGCCCGACAUCUACACCCUGUUCAGGUCCGACUCCUCGCUUCUCAACCGGCAGGACUUCAUCUGCGGCUUCACGGUUCUGCACUGGAUGGCAAAACAUGGCGACCACCGAGUCAUCAACACCCUGAGCUACGGGGUGGAGCAGAAAGGCCUGAGCUUCGAUGUGAACGCCAAGUCGACGGCGGGUCAGACUGCGCUGCACGUCGCCGCCAUGCACGGCCACAAAAACAUCAUCCGGCUGCUGGUGAAGAAGUUCAAAGCCGACGUGAAGCUGAGGGACAUGGCGGGGAAGAAGGCCUGGCAGUACCUGAGUGACCGAUCCCCGGACAUGCUGGAGCUGCUGGCGGUGCCGCCGAAGGCCGCGCUGACCCACGGCGUCGAGAACGCCGAACCGGACUCGAAGCCGCCCAAGCAGCAGCAGCGGCGGCGCCUGCACCACCACUUCUCCUCGGCCUCCUCCGGCCAGCGGCCGCAGACGCUGGCCGGCCUGGUGAAGGUCAACAGGUCGUCGUCCAUCGCCGCGAUGCUGAAGCCCAAAUCUCUGCAACGGUUCAGCAAACCAGAACCGGUUUGCUGAACCGUCCCUGUUGUGACAGACGUGUUGCUGCCUGCCUGCCUCCACUCUGAACACAUUCAGCUCAACAGGCAGAACUUUUAGUUUUACUGUUUUUAAUUUGGUUAGCAGUUUAAACAUCAAGUCUCUAAAACGCAUCUGUAGAUGUUUGGAUUUUAUGAAAAUUGUGCUCUAAUCACUGGAAACAUGACAAUAAAUGACUAAAAUCCAGUUAAACAUUUGAUUCCAGCAAACUGACGAUUACAUGCAGGAAAAGUCAUGAAAGAGUUUUUGCUAUAAAAUUAUGAAAAAUAUACAUUAAAGAAACAAAUUAAAUUUAUUAUUAGAAUAUUAACAUGAUAUUGAUAGCAAUUAUGCUAACAUUAGCACUUUAGCUUAUGUUUACUAAAGUUAGUUAAUGUUUUCCAACAUGCUAGCUUUCGCUCUCAUGGCUAAGUCAUGAAACUAUGUACAAAAUAGAAAAAACUAAAUGACUAACAAUUAAAUUUUAAUGUACAAUGAAAUAAAAAUCCAAUUAAAUAAACAUUUUAAAUCAUAAAAUUUAAUGUAAAAAUGCUUUCUGGGGCCUUUUACUGGAUUUCAUAAGUUAUAAAUUUUUUCCUUCCACUUAAUUUUCCAUGCAUUCUUAACCUAUCAAUGAUUUUGUCACAAAACUUAUGUAUUAUUCUAUUUUUUCCAGGGUAACUGUAAGUUUUUAUUAAAUUAAUCCAGAAUAAUCUGGAAUAUGUUU